UUAAAGAAGCGCCAUUUUCACUCAAAACCCUAGGGAUGGGGUUUCUCUACGCCUACGCGCUCGUCUUCUAUGCGCUGUUCGUCUGGCGCUCGAUCGAUCUCUCCUCAGGGAAGGAGGCUUGGGGUCUGCGGGGAUUGAGAAGGGGCUGGAUUUUGGAGCGCAAUGUGGAUCUGUCUGAUGCGCAAUGGCGGAAUUUUCGAGCAAAUCUCCCAGCCCUGACGAUCGUCCUGGGAGGUUUCACGGUUUUAAGCUUGAUCCUUACGCAUGGUUUGAGGUUUGGAGGCAAAGGAAUGUCGCGCUAUUGGCUUGUAGUUUCGACCAUCUUUCUGGCGUACAUGCACGAAUGCUGUAUUGUAUUUAUAGUUGCUAUAGCGGCUGGAAACUUCGCCCUCACAAAGAUUGCAGGUGGAAGGUCCUUCUUUCCGAUUCUUCUUUGGAGCUACAACUUGGCAUUUCUCAUACUAAAUAGAGUCUACGAGGGCUACUCCUUUACGUCUCUUGGAGAGGCUUUUGCAAGGCUUGACAAACAUCGGGGUGCAAUGCGGUGGCAUAUCAGUUUCAAUUUUGUUAUGCUACGAAUGGUGAGCUUUGGCCUAGAUUACCAUUGGACUCGUUGUUGUCGACCGUCGGCUAUUAAUUGGGAGAAGCACAACGCUACUUGCAGUGAGUGCCAAACUGGUAACCCGUGCUACCUCUCGCGUCAGGAGAAAGUCUUACCGGCAAAUGCCUAUGGCUUGACAGCGUACUUCAGCUAUUUGUUCUAUGCACCGCUCUACAUCGCUGGCCCGGUUGUUAGCUUCAACUCGUUUUCUUCACAGAUUGAGAAUCCGCGGAUAGGCUACAAGCAGGCUGGUGCCUACGGUAUCAGGUGGCUUGCUUGCCUGCUACUUAUGGAACUUAUGACACACUAUUUUUACUAUAACGCAUUUGCUACGAGCAGGGUUUGGCCAAAGCUGUCACCCGUGCAAAUCUUUAUCGUUGGCUAUGGAGUGCUCAACUUCAUGUGGCUAAAGUUUCUUUUGAUCUGGAGGUUCUUCCGAUUCUGGGCCCUGAUGUCCGGUGUAGAGUCACCCGAAAACAUGCUACGCUGUGUGAACAACUGCUAUGACCUAGAGGGGUUUUGGAAGAGCUGGCAUGCAUCUUACAAUCGCUGGCUCGUAAGAUAUAUUUACAUUCCUCUUGGCGGCUCUAGAUGGAAACUUCUCAACGUAUGGAUUAUCUUCACGUUUGUUGCAUUGUGGCACGACUUAGAAUGGAAACUUCUCUCCUGGGCCUGGAUGACGUGUUUACUCUGGUUGCCAGAAGGCUUGAUGAAGCUUUCUCUUCGCUUGAAACAGAUGCAAAAACUGCAAAAGAAUUCGCCAGCGUUAUUCACUGAAGGCUGUGCCAUUGCCAGUGCCCUCAACAUAACCGGCUUGAUGAUGGCAAACCUCAUCGGAUUCGUUGUUGGCCCGGCGGGAUUUAAAGAGCUCAUUAGUAAGCUCUUUGUGAAGCAAAAUGCUUGGCUUUGUCUCGGGAUUUUCUUCUCUUUCUACGUGGGUGCCAAGCUUAUGUUUCGAGUGAGGGAGGCCGAGGCUUAUAAAGAUAAAAAACGGUGACUAUUUCGCUUUAUCCUUUAUCUAGACAACGCUUGGUUCGGGAUAAACUUUCGAGCCAAGACGAAAAAUGUUUCACCCCUCUGUAUUCUCGACGGGAACCAUCUGGAAUAUAUGCCUUUUACAUUUUUUUCGUUCG